UGUCAGCUAGCCCAUUCAAGUUGCCAUUAAGAGUCUCUGGAGUUCGGUAGGUCAAAACUUUAUUCUCCGUCUUCAAGCCUUCUCCCUUCUCCCCCCUCCCUCUUUUACUAGUGCAACUGCUAGAGAGAGAGACACGAGGGUUGGGUUGAUAGAGAUGGCGGUAAUGGCGGCUUCUAUCUAUAAUAUCUAGUGCAAUAAAAGAGAGGGUUUAAACAGCAUAGCAGAGGCAACACAGGUCUUGAGGGCCUUCAACUGUUCUCUUUGGCACUGAAAGAUAUGGAGGUCAGGAGGAGGAGAGGAGAGAGAUGUUGCUCUUUGAUUUGCUCCAUGUCUUUACCUUCCAUUACCCCACUUUUCCUUCUUUUUCUCGCGUUCCUCGGCGCCGACGGAACGGUCGAUGUCUCGGCUUUGAAUUACACAAGCACUGGACGCAUCGCGAGUCUUAGAUUGGCAAGGAUUCAAAGGUACCUGGAGAAGGUCAACAAGCCUGCCGUGAGGUCCGUCGAGAGUCCGGAUGGAGAUAUCAUCGACUGCGUCCACCGGCACAAGCAACCGGCUCUCGAUCAUCCUCUUCUAAAGAACCACAAGAUCCAGAGAGAGGCACCUCAGAUGCCAGCAUUCAGAGGUGGCCGGGAACCGCGAAAUUACAAUGCAAGCGAUGCAGCGAGAAGGGCUUGGCAGACAUGGCACCAUGUUGGGCAUUGCCCGAAGGGCACGGUCCCAAUACGGAGGAGCUCCGUCGACGACGUAUUGAGAGCCAAAUCUUUGUACCACUAUGGGAAGAAGCAGCAGGGAGUGCCGCUGGCUAGAAAGGUCGAUGCACCAGAUGUGGUCAGCGGCAAUGGCCAUGAGCAUGCAAUUGCUUACACUGGGAACACACAAGAGAUCUAUGGAGCUAAGGCUACGAUCAAUGUCUGGGAUCCAUCCGUCCAAAUGUCCAACGAAUUCAGCCUCUCCCAGAUCUGGAUCCUCUCGGGAUCAUUCGAUGGCUCUGAUCUCAACAGCAUCGAAGCUGGCUGGCAGGUCAGCCCUGAGCUUUAUGGAGACGGUAGGCCCAGGCUGUUCACCUACUGGACGAGCGAUGCAUAUCAGGCGACAGGGUGCUACAACCUUCUGUGCUCAGGGUUUGUGCAGACCAACAGCAAGAUAGCCAUUGGAGCAGCUAUAUCACCGGUCUCAUCAUAUGAAGGCAGCCAAUAUGAUAUUACUAUUCUCAUAUGGAAGGAUCCAAAGCUUGGGAAUUGGUGGAUGAGCUUCGGAGACAGCAUGCUCGUCGGCUACUGGCCGGCCGAGCUCUUCACGCACCUCUCAGACCAUGCGACAAUGGUGGAAUGGGGAGGGGAGGUGGUGAACAUGCGACCAAAUGGGGAGCACACCUCGACCCAAAUGGGGUCGGGCCACUUCGCGGAGGAGGGGUUUGGGAAGGCGAGCUAUUUCCGCAACCUCGAGGUCGUCGACUCGGACAACAGCCUUAGCUCCGCCCUGUCCAUCUCCACGCUCGCCGAGAACACCAACUGCUACGACAUCAAGAGCUUCUCCAACACCGACUGGGGAAAUUACUUCUACUAUGGUGGGCCGGGAAGCAACCCCCAAUGCCAUUGAGUCGUUCCUCCCCUUUCCACUUCCCAUUCUUUCCAUGCAUGCCUCGGGUUUCUCUUUGCCUCACCACACGCCUAAUAUAGCGUAUUAAUAUCAAAAUUCAAGGUUCUUAUCCGUUUCGAUCCAUGGAAAGGUCUCUACGGGUCAUUUUGUGCCUAUCCUUGCUUUCAUUGCUACUGAUGUUUUCAUACAUGAUAUUCAUAUAUAUACAUAUUUCUGCAACAAUAUUCUUUAAUAUUUAUUCUAGUAUUUUUGUAUUA